AUGGACCCCUCCAAAAUCAAGAUCCCCCCAAUGAAAGACCAAACCGUGGACAACAUCACCGCGAACGUAAUCACCAUCAACAGCCUCUGCCCAGACCCACGCCUAAAAUACAUCCUCGAACGCCUAGUAACGCACCUCCACGACUUCGCGCGCGAAACCCGUCUCAGCAGCGCCGAAUGGAUGACCGGCCUCAACUUCCUAACAGAAGUCGGCCAAGCCUGUACAGACGUACGACAAGAAUACAUCCUGCUGUCCGACGUCCUAGGCCUCUCGAUCCUCGUCGACUCAAUCGACCACCCCAAGCCGAAGGGCUCCACAGAGGGAACCGUGCUGGGCCCGUUCCACACGCACGACGCCGAGGAAAUGCCCGCCGGCGCGUCCAUGUCGCAUGAUCCGCACGGCGAGCCGUUGCUGGUUGUUUGCUCGCUGCGGGAUUUGCAGGGGGCGCCGGUGCACGACGUCAAGGUCGAUAUCUGGGAGACGGAUUCGACGGGCCAUUAUGAUGUCCAGUAUGCUGGGAGGGUGGGGCCGGAUGGGAGGUGUGUUAUGCGCUCGGAUCAAGACGGGGUGUUUUGGUUUAUGGCGAUUACGCCGGUGCCGUAUCCGAUUCCGCAUGAUGGGCCUGUUGGGAGGUUGCUGGAGAUGUUGCGGCGGCAUCCGUAUCGGCCUUCGCAUAUGCACUUUAUGUUUGAGAAGGAGGGGUUUGACCAUUUGGUUACCGCUCUCUAUCUCCGAAAUGACCCUUAUGAAACAUCUGAUGCGGUCUUCGGCGUUAAGGAUUCCUUGACUGUAGAAAUUGGUAAGGCGGACGCGGAGAUCGCUAGGAAAUAUAAUGUCCCCGAGGGCCAUGCUCUCCUUACAUAUGACUUUGUGCUUGUCUCCGACGAAGAGACGAAAGAGUUGCGUGCGCAUAACUCCAAGGUCGCGCUGGACAAGCUAGGACGGAAAGUCAAGAUUGUCAAUGGGCUGCCUGUGCCGGAUCUGGAUUAA